UGAGUGUGUAUGUAAUAGAAGCUUUUUAGUUUUGAAAUAAAUAAAUAAAUGGAGGAAUUUACUUAGGGAGGCCGGGAAACAUUGAAGAGAAGCAACAACUAACUGCUCGCUUUGAAACUGUCAGCCACCAAACACCAAAACAAAACACACAGAGACAAAUGUUUUUUAGAUAUUUUUAUUUUUACCUUCAUUUUCUUCAGAGCUUCCAUUUUUCGCCGGAUUUAAUUUCCCCUUUUCCACUCUCUCUGUUUCUUAUCUCUUAAUUCCGCCAUGGAUUUGCUGCUUCACCUUCACCUUCAGCCAUGGCAGCUUCAUCUCUUCCUUUUAUUCCUUUCUCUUUCCCCUGUUUGUUAUUGCCAACUUAGUCCCCCUCAAAAUAUCGAAACUUUCUACCCUUCCCCAGUUAUUCCUCAACCACCAUCGCCAAUAUCGCCGUCGUCUUCACUUGACCAUCCGCCGUCGUCCACGUCAACGAAAACCAUCGCCACGGCGGUGGCUGUCACUGCAGUGGGUGUGGCUCUGAUUUCCACGUUGUUCUUCUUUUUAAUACAGAGAUAUGUGAUCGGAAGAAAACGAAAAACAGAGGAGGCUAAUUCAGGGACGGGUCCGGCGGGUUUGAACUCGCAGCCGGCGGUUGCUCAGAGUGAAUUUUCGCGUGUUGAUGGGAAUCUUAAAGGGUUUAUUGUGGAUGAAAAUGGGUUGGAUGUGAUUUAUUGGAAGAGACUUGAAAGAAAGAAAUCCAAGAAUAGCUUUCAUCGGAGUGAUGGAGAAGGAAAUGUUAAGGAAAAUCGAAGCAAAAAGUCAGAGCCUGUUCAAGAAAUUCCUCUUCUUCGAGGAAAAUCUUCGACUUCACAUGUUAAGAUUGCACCGGAAGAUGAAGAAUCCAGUCGGAUUACAUCGCCACCACCCCCUCCGCCGCCCCAGAUUAACAACCCUCCGCCAUUUAUUGAGAAUUCUGUUCAGUCAGUUGGAAAACCAUCAAGUAGUUCGAAUCUUUCAUCAGCAGCGCCACCGCAGCCGGCGGAAAUUCAGGUACCUCCGUCACAAUCUCUCAUGGCUGUUCCUAAAAAUAAGAGCUCUGUUCCGCCACCGCCCCCAUCAAUUCCAGCCAAGACCAAUUCAAGACUGCCGCCGCCGCCUCCUCCCAUUCCGGCCAAGACCAAUUCAAGACCGCCGCCGCCUCCUCCUCCCAUUCAAUCCAAGACCAAUUCAGCAGGUCCACCUCCCCCUCCUAUACCGGCCAAAGCAAAUCCGGCAGCACCACCGCUGCCACCACCCAAACCCGGCGGUUCAAAAUUGCCCUCAAGGCCUGCACCUGCAAAAGAGGGUAAUAAAUCCUCUGGAGAGGCUUCUUCAUCAGCCGACAAUGGUCAGGUUAAAAUGAAGCCCCUGCAUUGGGAUAAAGUGAACACUGCAAAUGCCGAUCAUUCCAUGGUUUGGGACAAAAUGAGCGCCGGUUCUUUCAAAUUUGAUGGGGAUCUUAUGGAAGCUCUGUUUGGAUAUGUCGCAACGAACCGGAAGUCCCCCCGGAGUGAAGCUAGUUCUUCAGCAAACGCCGUUGGUCGGAACUCGGGGCCGUCGCAAACUUUCAUUCUUGAACCGAAAAAAUCUCAGAACAUAGCCAUUGUAAUCAAGUCCUUGACCAUUCCUCGUAACGAAAUCCUCGAUGCGCUCAACGAAGGUCAAGGCCUCGAAACAGAGAUUCUUGAAAAACUCACAAGAAUUGCUCCGACUCAAGAAGAAAUUUCCCAAAUUCUUGCUUACAAAGGAGACCCUCAGAAGCUAGCUGAUGCCGAAUCUUUCCUUUACCAUCUUCUCAAAUCGGUUCCAUCUGCCUUUACGCGCUUCAACGCCAUGCUUUUCCGAUUGAAUUUCACUUCGGAGAUUCUCCAUCUCAAGGAAUCUAUACAAACUCUGGAAUCCGCCUGCAAGGAACUAAGAACUCGAGGGCUGUUUUUGAAACUUCUUGAAGCAAUUCUCAAAGCUGGGAAUCGGCUAAAUGCAGGAACUGCAAGAGGAAAUGCCAGAGCUUUCAACCUUACAGCUCUUCGGAAGCUCUCUGACGUUCGAAGCACUGAUGGGAAAACCACUUUGCUUCACUUUGUCGUGCAAGAAGUGGUCAGGGCAGAAGGGAAAAAGUGUAUUUUAAACAGGAAGAAGAGCUUGAGCCGUAAUAGCAGUCAUAGCAGUGACAACAGCUUUAGCAGCUCCGAAAAUUCAACUGCGAAGGAAGACAGAGUAAAGGAAUAUAUGAUGUUGGGACUACCAGUGGUGGGAGGUCUAAGUGCCGAGUUCUCUAAUGUAAAGAAAGCGGCGGCAAUCGACUACGAGAGCUUCGUCAAGGCCUGGCCAUCGCUGACUAGCCGAACUGCAGAAAUCCAGCAGCUCUCGACUCAAAUUGGAAACAAUGAAGGUGGUUUUGCUAAAGAAAUGAGAGUGUUUCUUGAGGCAGCAGAGAGAGAGCUGAAGGGUGUGAAAGAAGAACAAACGAAGGUGAUGGAGUUAGUGAUGAAGACAACAGAGUAUUAUCAGGCAGUAAGUUCAAAAGAUAAAGAAGCAAAUCGGCUUCAAUUAUUCAUCAUAGUUAAAGAUUUCCUAGAGAUGGUAGAUCGAGUGUGUGUUGAAAUUACCCGAGAUCUCCAGAGGAGGAGAUCGUCUGGAGUAAAUAUGGGUUUGGGUUCGGGUUCAUCGCCGGUGAGAUCAAAGGCCAUCUUCCAUAACUUGCCGGAAAAUUUUAUGUCAGACAAGUCCAGAGGCAGCUCUAGUGAUACAGAUGAUGAAUUCUGAGCAAAUUUUAUUCAUAAAUGUAUUCUCAUUUUUGUUAAACUAAUGUACAUAAGAUUCGGAAUCAGGAACAAAAGAUGUAACAAUAGGGCAUUUUUUCAUGUACUUAAAUUGUUUGAUACAAUUCAUCAUAGCAUUAAGUCUGUGAUUUGCAGAUCUAAGCAUUAUCCAAAUGGUAAAUUACAAAAGCUUUGAUUUUACAA